AUGGCUCCAUCUAAACCUACAAACCCUUCUUCUAAAGAAAUUUUAGAGGAAGCUAUUCAAAUUUCCACCCUCCACCUCAAUAAUGCUAUGGCUGAAACUCAAGAGCAAAUGGAUGUAAGGUUUGCUCAAUUUUCUGCAGCUUUGGAACAAAGAGUGGGUGAACUACAUUCAAGGCUUGAUAAUGAAAAAGGUGUGGAAGAUUCUAGGUUUGAAUCUCUCAUGGCUGCCCUUCAAAAGAUUUCAUUACAACCACAACAACCACCACUUGCAGCUGCUGCUACUGCACAGCCAGCUAGUUCCGCGGGUCCCGAGGUAAUCUCUUCUACUAUAUCUUUUGGCUCUCCACCUUUCACUCACGUUUUUACCCCAUCUCAUACCCCUGUACGUUCAUCCGCCACUCCCCAGCACACAGCCAGCCAAGCUGCCGUAUACACUCCCACAAUCCUAACCACCAACCCGCCCCACACAACCGUCGCACAAACAACUCCAAUUUCAACCGUGCUAACAGCACCACCGCCCCCACCACCCCAUUACCCUCCCUACCCUCCUUACACACCCCCCCAAACUGUUUUUAUUCCAAACCCGUUUCCCCCACCCGACCCAUUUCAAAUUCCCCACCAUAACAUACCCCCCUUACCACCUAUGAGAUCUCCUAAAUUAGAGUUACCCUUGUUUGAUGGGUCUAACCCAUUGGAAUGGCUAUUCCAAGCUGAACAAUUUUUUGGAUUUUAUAAUCUCCCACCAGAAAAUCGUUUAUCCCUCACUUCUUUCUAUAUGAAGGGUGAUGCCUUAGGGUGGUUUAAAUGGAUGUAUCAAAACCGCUUGUUGACUGAUUGGGUUUCUUUUACAAGAGCUUUAGAAUUGAGGUUUGGUCCUUCUACGUUCGAGAACCAUCAAGCAGAAUUAUUUAAAUUGAAACAAAGUGGCUCCGUGAUGGAAUACCAAACUCGGUUUGAACAACUUGGUAACAAAGUUGUGGGACUGCCAGCAGAUGCUAUUUUAAAUUGUUUUAUUUCUGGGCUACAGCAAGACAUUCAGAAUGAAUUAGCCAUCCACAAGCCUACCUCAAUCUCUCAAGCCAUUGGUCUUGCUAAGUUAAUUGAGUCUAAAAUUCACAUUAAACCCAAAUUUGUUAAACCUUUUUCCACCCCAUACCAGAAACCCAGCACCACAAAUUCUACCCCAUUCAAUUCCAAAACACAAGUUUCUGUCAUUAAACCUAACCCUUCCACACAGCAACCAAUCACUACCCAACAACCAAAAAUUCCAAUUCGAAAAUUAACCCAAGCCCAACUUCAAGAGCGUAGAGCCCAAGGCCUUUGUUUUAAUUGUGAUGAGAAGUUCUUUACAGGACACAAAUGUACCACCAGCAGAUUUUACUUACUUGUGGCUGAUGAUGAAUUUAGUGGUGACUUGACGGAAUUAGAAGAACAAACUGAUUGUGUGAAUGAAGAGGAACUAAGUGACACAUAUUUCCAACUUUCUCCCCAGGCUGUCACCGGCCAAUUUUCACCCCAAACGCUCAAAUUCAAAGGAUCUAUUUCUGGCCUACCAGUUAUGGUUUUGGUAGACACGGGCAGUACACAUAACAUCAUACAGCCACGAAUUGCUCAUCACCUAAGUCUCAAAACUACUCCUAUCAAUCAAUUUUCAGUCAUGGUGGGUAAUGGUAGUCACUUACAAUGUGAAGGUAUAUGCAAUAAUGUGGAGAUAGUGUUACAAAACAAACCUUUUCACCUCCCCUUUUACUUAUUACCUAUCGAAGGGGCUGACAUUGUAUUGGGCAUGGCUUGGCUUCGAACCUUAGGACCCAUUCAAGCUGACUUUUCUAUUCCCUCCAUUACCUUUCAACAUCACACCGAAUCAAUCACUUUGACCGGAGACACUAAAUCAUCUCCAACUCCUUCCACUUUUAACCAAAUCAAACAACUUAUCCACACCGAUUCCAUUGCUUCCUUUCACCUUUUACUUAUGGAACCAAUCCCUUCCCCCUCUACCACACAACAAUCUACCCAUAUUAUCCAAGACCAGCCCACAUUACCUCACCAAAUUACCCAGCUCUUAACCACUUUUCAAGACAUUUUCCAAACACCAACAACAUUACCACCCAUUCGAAAUCAUGACCACCACAUUAACCUUUUGCCAAAUACAGCUCCUAUAAAUGUUAAACCAUACCGUUAUCCCCAUUCAAAAAAAGAUGCCAUGACAAACUUGAUCCAUCAAAUGCUAGAGGAUGGAACCAUUAUCCCUAGUACUAGCCCUUUCUCCUCACCCGUCCUACUUGUUAAAAAAAAAGAUGGGACAUGGAGAUUUUGUGUGGAUUACCGUGCUCUAAAUGCUGUGACAAUUAAAGACAGAUUCCCUAUACCAACUAUUGAUGAGCUAUUAGAUGAGCUAGGAUCAGCUACCAUCUUCACUAAGAUAGAUUUGUGUUCAGGUUACCAUCAGAUCAGAGUUGCAUCGAAAGAUACAUAUAAAACAGCUUUUCGAACUUUUGACGGGCAUUAUGAAUUCCUAGUUAUGCCCUUUGGGUUAACUAACGCCCCUUCUACUUUCCAGUCAGCAAUGAACGAUUUGUUGCGUCCCUAUUUACGCCGUUUUGUUCUAGUUUUCUUUGAUGACAUUUUAAUUUACAGUACUAGUUUUAGUGAUCAUAUAAAACAUUUGCAGGUGGUUUUUCAGUUGAUGAAAGAUAACUGUUUUUUCUUAAAGUUAUCUAAGUGUGUGUUUGCAGCUAAACAGAUAGAUUUUUUAGGUCAUGUAAUUUCAGCAGGUGGUGUUGCACCUGAUGCAGAGAAAGUAAAAGCUAUUCUAGAUUGGCCGCUGCCACGAUCUCUCUCGGCACUCCGUGGAUUUUUGGGCCUCACCGGAUUUUAUCGUCGUUUUGUUCAUAACUACGUCACACUCGCCGCUCCCCUCACCGAUUUGUUACGUUCCAAUAAUUUCAAGUGGAGUACAGAGGCCAGUACAGCCUUUACAAAUCUCAAAAACAGAAUGACCGACAUGCCGGUCUUGGUUCUACCUAAUUUUACAAAGCAUUUCGCUAUCGACACUGAUGCUUCCGGAGUUGCUAUUGGUGCAGUGUUGUCCCAAGAAGGUCACCCAAUUGCAUUUUUCAGUAAAAAAAUGUGUCCGCGUAUGCAAGCUGCGUCUGUCUAUGUGCGUGAAAUAUUUGCCAUCACCGAAGCUGUAAAAAAAUGGCGUCAGUAUCUCAUAGGCCACAAGUUUCACAUAUAUACUAAUCAAAAGAGUUUACGAGACCUAUUAUUGCAACGGAUCCAAACACCAGAACAACAACGGUGGACAGCUAAGUUACAGGGCUUUGAUUUUGAGAUUUUUUACAAACCUGGGGAGUCCAAUGUGGUUGCAGAUGCUUUAAGCCGGAAGUUUGAAAAAGAUGCGCCUGUCUUGCUAGCCUUCUCCUCUCCGAUGCCAGAUCUCUUCAAAACCUUGAAAAAGUUUUACCAAACAGACGCAGUGGGUCAGAAUCUUUUACAAAGAGCUAAUCAGACCACCACAGAUUACUCAGUAUCACAAGGGUUGCUGUAUUACAAGAACAGAAUCUACAUACCUGAAUUGGAGCACCUUCGACAGCAAAUCUUGUCAGAGUACCAUAAGACACCUGAAGGGGGACAUUCAGGAGUUAAGGCUACCUUGGCCCGCCUCCGCUCUUCCUUUUGUUGGCCAGGGGUUUACCUUGCAGUUAAAAAUAUGGUUAAACAUUGUCCUAAUUGUCAACACAACAAAUAUGACACUCAAAAGAAAAAGGGCCUUCUACAACCAUUACCAGUACCAGAGAGAGUAUGGGAAGAUAUCACAAUGGAUUUUAUCACUAACUUACCCAAUUCAUAUGGCCACACCGUAGUUUGGGUUCUUUGUGAUAGGUUGAGUAAGUUUGUCCACUUCAUUCCACUGCCUUCACACUUUACCGCACAAGAUCUGGCCGCUCGUUUUACAGUCGAGAUAUUUCGCCUUCAUGGUAUUCCCCGAUCUAUUGUUUCGGACAGAGAUCCGUUGUUUCUAAGUAAGUUCUGGAAGCAGUUCUUCAAACUUCAGGGCACACACCUGAAAUACAGCACAUCAUAUCAUCCUGAGACUGACGGACAGACAGAGGUGGUAAAUCGUUCAUUAGAAACUUACCUAAGGUGUUUGGCUGGUGACCACCCACGAAAAUGGCACAGCUUCUUGCAUCUGGCGGAGUAUUGGUACAACACGUCGUUUCACACAGCUAUCCAGAUGUCCCCAUUCAAGGCUUUGUAUGGAAGAGAACCGCCCUCCCUUUUGCACUAUGUUACCGGUUCAGCCCAGGACGACACCCUGCAGCAAACCUUGCAACAGCAACAAAACAUUCUCACUGAGUUAAAAUCGCAUCUGAAGCGCAGUCGAAUCAUAAUGGAAAAACAAGCGAAUACCAAACGAAGAUCUUUUACCUUUCAGGAAGGUGACAUGGUUCUGCUGAAGCUCAAACCGUACCGUCAAUCUACAGUGGUACGUCGCGAAUCACAGAAACUGGCUAAAAGAUAUUUCGGUCCGUACAAGGUCAUCAAACAAGUCGGAACGGUGGACUAUUUGCUAGAUCUCCCAUCGUCAUCUCGCAUUCAUCCAGUGGUGCACGUCGCCUUGUUAAAACCUUACCACGGUGUGGAUCCGGCCUCCGAUUUUCACCCCCUUCCUCGUUCCGAUUUGGUGGCGUUUUCUCCUACUGAGGAACCUUUGCAUGUAACCGACACCCUACAAAAACAAAACCCAAGGCGUCAAAAGCUAUUCAGAAACAAGAAUCAACUUCUCACAGAGCUCGAAAACGAAAAACAGUUACCUAUUUCUUCUGUGGAGACCAUGGAACAUAUUGCUCAAGAGUUGCGUUCACAAGCAAAUUUGAACAGAAAAAGUUUGAAAAGAGGAGGAAAGUAUGUAGAUGGCGCAGAGAGAGAGGAAGGAAGUGUUCAGAGAAAACAAAACGUGUUAUCUGUUACAAAUGCAAGUGGGAAUGUACUUAACCCUAGUGUUAUGUUACCAAGUACACUUAAGUGCCUUGACCAUCCUACCCCUCAAGCAUCCAACGUUCCCCUAUCUGCCAGCAAUAAAGUCCAACGCGUUUUCCCAACAGCCAGCUGUGGAACACUAAGUAACGGCUCCCAACACCAGCACACUGCCCCAGACAGAAACUUAUCUCCUCCUAUCCAAUCAGAUUCAUCCAUUCAGAUUUUACCUCAUCUUUCAAAGAUUUCCCCACCUACUCUGUCCAUAAACCCAAUGAAGCUUUCUGGGCCACCUAAAACUUUCGGCCCACCCUCUUACCGUCCAAAUGCCAGCGCUAGCCCACAGACCGAACUUCCUCGUUCUGACCCAAGACCUGUGAACCUUGAGGACAAGGUUUUUUGUGGGACCCGGAGUAAUGUUAUGCAGCCAUCAAGGCCCAUUAGAAUUAAGAAACAAUCAGUUUUACUAAGAGAUUUCGUAUUGGGCUAA